AUAAGUUUCUGUUUCAAGGUUGACAUUUCACACAAUUGUCACAAUCAGAUGAUUACAAUAACAUAACCUGUAUCUUUAAAAAUGUCAGGUUUUAGUGGAGUUUUACAAUUAACCGACUUAGAUGACUUUAUCACUCCCUCUCAGGAGUGUAUCAAACCGGUCAAAAUCGAGAAGUCGAGUGCGGGAACGGGUGCUAAAAUCUCGAUACAGGAGGAUGGAUCUUACUAUCAAAUUGAAGAGGACGGUCACCGACAACAGUUGCAAAAGGUGGAGAUCACACUCUCGGAUUGCCUAGCAUGUUCCGGGUGUAUAACUUCGGCCGAAACUGUACUCGUCACACAACAAAGUCAAGAGGAAUUGCUCAGAGUUCUAAACGAAAAUAAGAAACUACGCUCGGAUGGUAAUGAGAGCGAAGCGAAGUUUAUUAUUAUCUCAGUUUCGGUGCAGCCCCUGCUUUCAUUAGCCGUAAGAUACAAUAUAACACCCGAUGAAGCUGCCGAGAGAUUGGCAGGUUACUUUAAACAUCUGGGGGCAGAUAUGGUUGUUGAUAUGGCGGUUGCUGAAAAUUUCGCUUUACUCGAGACUCGGAAGGAGUUUGUCAGGAGAUAUUUAUCGUCAACAAAUGAUGGUGUUAAAAAUGCUUUGCCAAUGCUUGCCUCCAGCUGUCCCGGAUGGGUCUGUUAUGCUGAAAAAACUCACGGUAAUUUCAUACUACCCUUUAUUUCCGUUACCAAGUCGCCUCAGCAAAUUAUGGGUUCACUUGUAAAAGAUUGGGUGUUGAAAAAUUUAGGUGUGAGAUCAGUUUAUCAUGUCACUGUAAUGCCGUGUUAUGAUAAAAAGCUGGAGGCGGCGAGAGAGGAUUUUUUCGACAAGGCUGCAGAAAGUCGAGAUGUAGAUUGUGUUAUUACCGCAAUUGAAAUUGAACAAAUGUUACAAACUAGCGGUAUUGAAUUGCACCAAGUGGAGAAGGCGAUGUAUUCAGAACCUUGGAAGAAAGACUUUGAUGCAAUUUCACCUUCAAUUAAACGACACAUCGGUUCCGGGUCUGGUGGUUAUGCGGAUCACAUUUUCCACUAUGCUGCCAAAGAACUCUUUGCGAUCGAAGACCAUGAAAUAGCAUAUAAAAAUUUAAGGAAUCCCGAUUUUCGCGAAGUCAUAUUAGAGAAAGACGGAAAGAUAUUAUUAAGGUUCGCAAUCGCCAACGGCUUUCGGAAUAUUCAGAACCUGGUGCAGAAGCUAAAACGGGGAAAAUGUCAGUACCAUUACGUGGAAGUGAUGGCCUGCCCUUCGGGUUGUUUAAAUGGUGGAGCGCAAGUGCGGCCGCGUGAGGAUAAAACCUUAAAAGAAUUAACCGCACAAUUGGAACACGUAUAUGAAUCGUUACCUGUCGAGGUUCCGGACGAAAGCAAAGUAACGCAAGAGUUAUACAAAACAUGGCUCCAGGGAAAUGAGAGCGAUAAAGCGAGUUCUAUUCUGCACACUAAUUACCAUGCGGUUGAAAAGCUUAAUACAGCUCUUAACAUUAAGUGGUAGAGAUUCGUUGUAUAAUUUUAAGAUGUUUUUUUAUUAAAAUGUUUUUCUUAAA